AUUCUCUUUCCGGAAAAAUCCUAAUCACUGCCGAACAUAAAGGGUAGUCAAAUCCUUAAUUCAGAUAUUCUGUUUCUCUCAAAAAAUAUUUCCAACUUUUGCUAAAAUUCUCAUUUUCUUUUGUUCUUUUUUUUUCCAAAGAAAUACUUGAAGUUUUGGGUUCGUUUUUUGUUCUUCUUCAAGCCAAUGGCCGAUAGAUUGCUUUUGAUACUCUUCCUAGUUUCAUAUUUGUUCGUCUCAGGAGUAACUUCAAGGAACAUUACCAUAGAGAACAAGUGCAAUUACACUAUCUGGCCCGGAAUCCUGUCCGGCGGUUUAGGUCCGCCCACCGGCGGCUUCGCUCUCAAGAAAGGAGAGGCGCGUGUCAUUAACGUGCCCUCAGGAUGGAGUGGCCGUUUCUGGGGUAGAUCCCUCUGCUCCACCAACUCAACCGGGGGUUUCUCCUGCGCCACCGGAGACUGCGGCUCCGGGAAAGUCGAGUGUACAGGGGGUGGAACGCCUCCGGUGACUCUAGCCGAGUUUACCAUCGACAGCAACGGCGGUCAAGAUUUCUAUGACGUAUCACUCGUCGACGGCUACAACCUCCCAAUGGUUGUUGUCCCACAGGGCGACGAGACUUGUAGCACCGUCGGAUGCGUUAACGAUUUGAACCCGACGUGUCCAGACGAGCUGAGAGUGAGAGGUAACACCAGCUUGAUGACUCUAGCGACACCAAUUAUCGCAUGCACCAGCCCGUGUGAGGCGUUUAAUUCGUCGGAAUAUUGCUGUACCGGCGCUUAUUCUACACCGCAAACAUGCGUGCCGACGGAUUAUUCCCGGGUAUUCAAGAGGGCGUGCCCACGCGCUUAUAGCUACGCUUACGACGAUUCUAACAGCACCUUCACAUGCGCAAGUCAACCUAACUAUGUCAUCACCUUUUGCCCGUCGUCUGCACUCAACACCACCAAGUAAAUUCCCGUAUAUACCCCUACUUUCGCUAAUUUCGUUUUCUUCUUGUGUGUGGUCACGUUGCUUCUAUUUCGACAAAGCGCCUUCGAAGCAUCAUACGGCUCUAAUUUUGACCAUUCAUUAAACUAUAUCUUUAGAUUUCCCUUCAUGUAGUCCUUAAUAGUUCCUCGAAUACGUAAAACAUUCAUUUAUUUAACAGACUAGCUUUUUAAGCGCGACUCUAUAUUAUAAAUUAUUUAAAAUAUAUAUUGAUUAAAUAAUUUUUAUAUUAUUUGAAAUAUACUGGUAAUUUUUUUAUAUAAUGUUUGGUUAUUAAAAAAUUAUUUAGUAUUUUGUAUAAUUAAUUUUUUAAAAGUUUUAUGAUUAUUUUUAAAUUUUUGAGUAAUAUGUGC